AUGACAUGCCGCCACACUGAAUAUGAUGAAGUGCCAAAUAAUGACAAUGAUGAAACAAGAAACGAAGACAUGGUCUACGAUUCUUUCUUCUUUGGUCCUAACCAGUUAAAGGCCAUUCAUCAAUUGUUCCCUCAUCACCACCAUCGUCAAAACUCUGCCUUUGAAGUACUCACAGCAUUCAUCUGGCGUUGUCGUACCAUAGCUUUACAGCUUGAACUAGAUAGGGAGGUUCGCUUAAUGUGCAAUAAUAAUGUAAGGAGCAAAAAGUCGAACCCUUCAUUGCUGCCACAGGCUUAUUACGGCAACGCUUUCGUGUUCCCGGCCGUCGUCACCACCACUGGGAAGCUCUGCGGUAACCCUUAUGGGUAUGCCUUGGAGCUGGUCAAGAAAUCAAAAGCUACGGCAACAAUAGAGUACAUACAAUCUGUAGCAGAUCUUAUGGUUAUGAGAGGACGGCCUAACCAUAUUUCCUCAAGGGCUUGGCAGGUAUCAGAUUUGACCCGUGUUGGUUUUAAAGACAUAGAUUUUGGUUGGGGUAAGGCAACGUAUGGUGGACCAGCAAUGCCUGGUGCUGGAGACUUCCAUGGAGUAAGCUUCUUCGUUGCCCAUGGGAAUGCAAAAGGAGAAGAAGGCAUUGUUGUACCAAUUUUCCUGCCACGCAAAUCUAUGAUGAUAUUUAUCAAAGAGUUAGAGAACAACAUGAUAAUUAGCAAACUUUGA